GUAGAUGCAAUUUUUUGGAGAUGCAAUUACUGGAUUGGUGGAUUUGGAGGGUGUAGUUGGUGAUAGGACUGGUAAAGGAGAUGGAAGAAUCAGUGAUAGGACAGGUUUUACAGCGGGGGCGUUUGCAAGGUAGAGUUGAGAUUUCAUCAGAGGCGAGCAGAUGGCGAACAAAGAGGAAGGUCCGAAAGAAGAUGAGGAGGAAGAGGAGGAGAGAGAUAAGAGCGGUUCGCAGGCGGCGAGAGGAGGGAAAUCGCAAAAGGGACGACCGCCGUUCAAGGUGUGGUUUUCCCUGGCCAGGGAGGCAGGUCGAUCGUCUGUCUCCUCAGCACAUCCCUUGGGUCUAGUUCGCGGCAUCACAGGCAAGUUCUAUUCCCUGCGGGAAAGCAGCUGCCAGUCUGAGCCAGACGUGGAUGCUGUGAACAGGGCUUACGACUCCGGACCCAAACAGAAAUUUCCCGGCCAUCAUCCGCCCCUCGAGAGCCAUCGGAUUGGAUGGUACCAGGACGUGAAGUUUUACGACGUAAAAACUCUGAAAGAUCGCAACUUCAAUUUUCAUCGUAGAACGCAAGAAAUGUUCAAAAUUCCUGUACUAACAAAGAAGCCUUGAAGGGCUUCCAAACUUUCUUUGAAGAAAGAGAGCGGCGAACUCAUAAUCUGCUCAAUUAAUAGCAUGAAGCCCCAACUUACUUGCAGCCAGCAUCGGCAAACUGACCUGCUUGCCUGCCCGUCGCGUCGACUUUAUAAUGUGCAACUUCCAUUUUGAGCUGUCAGCAUCUGUUGUAUGGGAAGCAUUGAUGAUACGUUCUUGAGGAAUACUGACAGUUUGAAGUGGAUUUCACUAAUGCACUAUCGUAGCUUGUCGUGUGCAUCGCCAUUAUUAUAAAAAUGUAGUCGGAUUAAAUGCUCAAUAGUUUGUU